GACUGAUCAUUAGCUUUCUCAUUACAACUCGUAAGUACAGCAUCUUUUUUGUUCUGAAGUGGAGUCCAUCCAUGUCAUUUCUUUUCUAGCUGUUGCCUCAGCUUCGUUGUAAAGAACAAGAACUAGCAUGCACUUGUUUGUACCGAUCACUUGAUUCAACCUUGCCUUAAUAUAUCCAUACACAUUCUGACAACCUCGGGCGCAGUAAACCGACCAUGACUUCGUCAUUAGGCCUUCCGCAGCCCGAUACUGGAUUUGGAGACCCAACACCGUCUGGCCUCACACCGAACACACGCUCCGAAGCCGAAGCCAUCUUCUUUGAAAAUGCGACUAGGCAGACAGAGUCUGCGGCACCGGAUCAAUCCGUAAUCGCCGAUGAAGCACGCAAAGCAUACCGACGACCUGAUAUGAUACGUGCAAGCUCCGCCAACUACGAACGGGCUCUACGAUUGGCACAUGUACAGAGUUCUGCCUCUUCAGACCUACCCGCGAACGGGGAACCUUCCGACAAUAUUACCGGCCUCUCUACUGUCGCUUCCCCACCACAAACAUCCCCGUUCCCUGCGCCUGGUCAAGGUGUUGUACCUGACUACAGCGGGGUCGGCUUGAGCCGUGGCGAUUCCUUGAAGAAAACGCGAUCGAGGGGCCUGAGUCUUGGGGCUCUUGCUCAGCAGCAAAGCUGGAACGAACAAGACUACAAAAGACUAUACAAUGCCGAUCUGAUGAGCGAGGUCAAACACAACCCUGGAUACGAUUCGGGCACCGAGAGCAAGUCUUGAUCUUCCAGACACUAGCUACUUCUCGAACUCGGCCUAAGUCCAUCAUAAGAUUUACGACGAAUUUCGUUUGCUACCGGUUGUAUUUUUGAGCGCAUCUUGUGAUGCAAUAUACAUAUGGCGUUAUGAGGCACCUGGGAUAUGGCUCAAACGCUGCGGGACAGCUCAAGUAUUCCUAACAAUGGUUUGUUCAGCUCUGAAAUUGAUAAAGGUGCAUCUACAUCUGUUACUUGAACGCUUUGCGCUUCAAAUCGCACGAUGGUGUCAAUCACAUAUUUUCUGUCUCAAG